GGCUCUAGCUCGCUGCCCCGCCGCGGGCGCAGAGCUGGCGCUCUAGCCCACGGAGUUGGCUAGCUCCUCUCGCCGGCCCCAGGAAAGGGUUCCAAGUCCUUUUAGUACCCGACGCUGUGUGGGAGUUCCGGGCGUUUCGGCUCCUUGGUCGCAGAGGCAGGAGACCCGACUGCAUGUCUGUCAUGGAUCUCGCCAGUACUUGCUCCAGCUUUCAGUCGGACUUGGAUUUCUGUUCAGAUUGCGGCUCUGUCCUGCCUCUGCCCGGGGCUCAGGAUACGGUCACCUGUACUCGCUGUGGCUUCAACAUCAACGUUCGGGACUUUGAGGGGAAGGUUGUGAAGACUUCAGUUGUGUUCCACCAACUGGGGACAGCCAUGCCUAUGUCGGUGGAGGAAGGGCCUGAGUGCCAGGGACCUGUGGUUGACAGGCGCUGCCCUCGAUGUGGUCAUGAAGGAAUGGCAUACCACACCAGACAGAUGCGUUCAGCCGAUGAAGGGCAAACUGUCUUCUACACCUGUACCAACUGCAAGUGCCUUGAAGCACUAUCAAGCUGGAAUUACUUUAAAUAAAUUCUUGGCUUCAUGUUUUUUGGAGCAGACAGACAGUAUGAAUUUGAGCUGCAAAUCCAUGUAAGGGCUAGCUUAUGGUUAGAAAUUCUCAGGAGAGAGUUUUCUCUCUUUCUACCUACUGAGACAGUCAAAUUCCCCUUCUAUAGAGUUGAAUUUUUUCUUUUCUUGUUCACUUUUACAAAAACAGGCAGCCUUUUGCAGUUCCCAAAUUUAUGCACAGGAUCUCCUAUCAACCUUACACAUUUUGUCCCUCAUUUCCUAUGCUUCCAGUAACUGUUGCAACAGUAUAAAGGGCACCAUAGUGUCACUGUCACAUUUCAUAGGGACAUCAGUUUUAACUUCACUGUCUGGAUUUCUGGUUUUACAGAACUUUUAACCAGUAUGAAGAUUGCCUUUACUUUCUUGCCAUCUCAUCAAAGGAUUAAAAAUAUUCAUAGUCAGAUAUAUCUUUUAAAAGUAUUUUUUUCCUAUUGCUGAUUGUCAUUUUACCAAAAAAAAAUUAAAAAAAUAAAAA